AUGGCUUUGCAAACUCAUGUAUCAGCACUGAACUCCUCGAAAUGCUUUCCACCAUCAACCGCAAAUCCUCCCUCUAAAAUAUUUGUUCAUGAUUUUUUUGCUUCUCCUAGCAAUAUUGUUAAGCAUUCUGCAAAAUCACUGCAAGCAUCAAGGAGGCUGCAGCCAUGUUUAGCAUCUAAUAACAACCAAGAAGCUUAUCGUCCAUUGGCAAACUUUGCCCCUUCCAUUUGGAAAGACCCCAACAUCUUCACUUCUGAAAUACCUCAAUUGGAAAUUGAAUCAAAUGAUAAACUCGCUGAAGAGCUUAAGCAACAGGUGAAAGAAAUGUUAAUUGCUUCUGCGAGUGAUCCGGCGGAGAAAGUUUGUUUCAUUGACUCUAUAUGUCGACUUGGUGUGUCAUAUCACUUUGAGACGGAAAUUGAAGAACAACUAAAUCAAAUUUUUGAAGCACAACCUAACCUUGCGGAAGAUAAUGAUUAUGAUCUCUACACUAUUGCUCUUCUAUUUCGAGUUUUUAGACAACAUGGUUUCAAGAUGUCUUGCGGUGUGUUUGACAAAUUUAAGGAUAGUAAUGGUACGUUCAAGGAAAACUUAGCCGGGGAUGCAAGGGGCAUGCUGAGUUUGUAUGAAGCUACUCAUUUGAGAGUACGUGGAGAAGAUAUUCUUGAGGAGGCCCUUGAUUUUACAACAACUAAUCUCAAGUCCUUGGCUAAAUCAAGUCCAGAUCAUCUAGCAAAACAUAUAACAAGUGCUCUAGAAGCGCCCUUGCACAAAAAUGUACCAAGAUUGGAGACACACAAAUACAUCUCUUUCUACCAAGAAGAUCUAGGCGAAUACAGAAAUGAAACUCUACUCAUAUUUGCAAAACUAGAUUUUAAUCGGGUACAAUUAUUGCACCAACAAGAGCUCAAACAUGUCACCCGUUGGUGGAAAGAUAAUAAAUUUGCAUCAAAGUUUUCUUACUCAAGAGAUAGAAUUGUGGAGAUGUACUUCUGGACGACUGCAAAUUAUUUUGAGCCUCGCUAUUCACGUGCCCGUAUAGUACAGACCAAACUUAUGAUGAUAUUAACGAUUACAGAUGAUACAUAUGAUGCAUAUGGUACACUUGAAGAGCUUCAAAGUUUUACAGACGCCUUAGAAAGGUGGGACACUCAUGCCACUGGUGACUUGCCAGAUUAUAUGAAAACACUAUAUAGUGUUAUCCUUAAUCUCUUUGAUGAAUUAAAUAAUGAUGUGAGCGAGGAAGGAAGAUCUUAUAGUGUAUCAAUUACGAAGGAUAAGCUGAAAGAGUAUGUGAGAGCCUGUCUUGAAGAGGCCAAAUGGUUCAAUGAAGGUUUUGUUCCAUCAUUCAACCAACGGUUAAGCAAUGCAAUAAUCACAGCAGGUACUGGUUUCGUAAUAGCAGCAUCAUUUGUGGGGAUGGGAGAAACUGCGAGGAUCAACGAAUUUGAAUGGCUACAAAAUCAUCCUAAAAUUGUUGAAGCUGUAUUUACAAUCGGUCGUCUCAAGGGUGACAUCAAAGCUCACGAGUUUGAGCAAAAGAGAGGACAUGUUUCGUCUACCGUAGGCUGCUACAUGAAGCAAUAUGGCAUCUCCAAAGAGGAAACUGUUGAAAAGUUUGAAAAAAUAUUGAUUGCUAAUGCUUGGAAGGAUAUUAAUGAAGAGUACAUGAAACAAACUGAUGUUUCAAGAAACAUCUUAGUUACAGUUGUCAAUUUUGCACGAUUAGCAGAAAUACUGUACAAGAACCAAGAUGGAUUCACAUUUCCAGAGGAUUUGAAAGAUUACAUCAUCAAGUUGUUCGUGGAUCCAAUACCUGUUUGAUCAGAGCUAUGUAUUUUACUUUUUAGUUACGUGGUUUGUUUAAGUUAUUAGGGUUGUGACUGUUUACGUCUAGCUUA